GCAUAUUCCCUUGUGGAUUCCAGUCAAGUGUCCACCUUCCUGAUUUCUAUUCUCCUCAUAGUCUACGGCAGUUUCAGGUCUCUGAACAUGGACUUUGAGAAUCAAGACAAAGAGAAAGACAACAGCAGCGCCGCUGGGUCUUUUAAUGGCAACAGCACCAAUAACAGUAUUCAAACCAUCGAUUCCACCCAGGCGUUGUUCCUGCCCAUUGGAGCGUCCGUGUCUCUCCUAGUUAUGUUCUUCUUCUUCGACUCAGUUCAAGUUGUCUUUACAAUAUGCACAGCAGUCCUUGCAACAAUAGCUUUUGCUUUCCUUCUGCUCCCGAUGUGCCAGUACUUAACACGGCCUUGCUCACCUCAAAACAAGAUUUCCUUUGGCUGCUGCGGGCGUUUCACUGCUGCAGAGCUGCUCUCGUUUUCUCUGUCUGUGAUGCUUGUCCUUAUCUGGGUCCUAACUGGCCACUGGCUCCUAAUGGAUGCUCUGGCUAUGGGCCUGUGUGUUGCAAUGAUAGCCUUUGUUCGGCUGCCGAGCCUGAAGGUUUCCUGCUUGCUGCUCUCUGGGUUACUAAUUUAUGAUGUCUUUUGGGUCUUUUUUUCUGCCUACAUCUUUAACAGCAAUGUUAUGGUGAAAGUGGCCACUCAACCAGCUGAUAAUCCCCUGGACGUGUUAUCCCGGAAACUUCACCUGGGACCAAAUGUAGGCAGAGACGUUCCCCGUCUGUCACUGCCUGGAAAACUUGUAUUCCCAAGUUCCACAGGCAGCCACUUCUCCAUGCUGGGGAUUGGAGAUAUUGUGAUGCCAGGGCUUCUGCUCUGCUUCGUUCUGCGUUACGAUAACUACAAAAAACAAGCCAACAGUGAUUCCUGCGGUGCCCCAGGACCAGGGAACAUCUCUGGGCGGAUGCAGAAGGUCUCUUACUUUCACUGCACACUUAUUGGCUAUUUUGUAGGUUUAUUAACUGCAACGGUAGCUUCUCGUAUUCACCGGGCAGCCCAGCCUGCCCUGCUCUAUUUGGUACCAUUCACUUUAUUGCCACUCCUCACCAUGGCCUAUUUAAAGGGCGAUCUACGUCGCAUGUGGUCUGAGCCUUUCCACUCCAAGUCCAGCAGCUCCCGUUUCCUGGAAGUAUGAUGGAACGGACAGGAAGUGACCUGAACUUCUGCCUUGGUCCUUUUCACGUUAACUUGUGGCUUUGUUGUCUCCUAAAGCUGGACUGGCUGGUACUUGGAAAGGUACCAGUGAUGGGACAUGUAAGAAAGGACUUUGUAUUAAAGGAGGGAAAGAAACAAAAGCUAAAAUCCCAGAGCUCCGCGUGACUCCGUAUCUCCCUGCAGAUGUGGAAUUGGGGACCCUUUGUGCAACUGCAGCCACCUUCCUCUUUCCUCACUCGGAUGGAUUAGUACCAGACUAUUACCUUUGUGAGAGAGGAAGAGACAGACUUGAAACUAAAAACGGCUUGAAGUCGUUCAAAAACUUGUGAACACUAAACGCAAAAACAGUUAAGCAAACUGAGGCUUCUUCAGAGAACCCCUCAUGGACAUUGGGACCAGUUUCCUGUGGGACUUCGGUUUUGAAAAGAACUGAGACAGAAGGUCUUCUGUCACAAUAUUGGGUUUUUUUGAUUUAUUAAAUAUUUCCUGUGGUGUGAGGUUACUUAUUAAAUCCACAGACAUUGAGUGACUUCUUGCAGUAUACAUAUAAAAAUUUGUUGUAACAAGUUACAUUUCCACCCAGAUGUCAUAUUGCAGUGAAAAAGGGCACGAUUUUUAUACAUAUAUAUAUACACACAUAUAGAUAUAUAUAUGAAUAAAUAAAAAGGAAAACCUGCUAAGAUCAUGCUGUGUAGCAGACAGGGGCUUGCUGUAAUUUUUAGCAUGUAGCGCAGUUACUCUGGCUUUAUGUAUAUGGAU